AUGCAGAGCGCUCUGUCCACAAUGAAUGUGGGAAAAGCGAAAUCUCUUUUCAAAAUGAUGCGAGGAUACAGACCGUCUCCCGUCUCCAACAGCACUCUGUCCUUCUGUGGCACUGAUAACUCCUCAGCGUAUAAAGUUGAUAAUGGUCUACUGAAUAACGGCUGCUUUUUGGAUGCUCUAGGCGUCGUUCCACAUGUUUUCUUACUGUUUAGCACCUUCCCCAUCCUCUUCAUAGGUUGGGGUAGUCAGAGCUCUAAGGUUCACAUUCACCAUAGUACAUGGCUUCAUUUCCCAGGACAUAACUUCCGCUGGCUUCUCACAACCAUUCUGUUGUUCGUGCUGGUGUGUGAGAUCGCUGAAGGAAUCGUCUCAGAUGGGUUCAAUCAGUCCCGUCAUCUCCAUCUCUACAUGCCAGCGGGGCUUGGAAUACUGGCUGCCAUAACAUCGAUUGUCUAUUACCAUAACAUAGAGACAUCCAACUUUCCCAAGCUGCUUAUAGCAUUGCUGAUCUACUGGAUCUUGGCCUUUGUCACCAAAACUAUCAAGAUCAUAAAGUAUGAUGAUCACGGUAUCGGCCUGAGGCAUAUACGCUUCUGUAUCACAGGACUGCUUGUGCUCAUCUACGGGCUGCUGCUGGGCGUAGAAGUCAACGUUAUAUUGCGGAGGUCCACAAAGGUGAAGCCUCCAGAUGAUCUUCAAGAUCUUGGCGUUCAAUUUCUGCAGCCAUUUGUGAACCUGCUGUCUAAAAGCACAUAUUGGUGGAUGAACACCUUUAUCACCUCUGCACAUCAGCGUCCCAUUGACUUGAAGACCAUCGGCAAGCUGCCCAUAUCCAUGAGGGCCCUUACAAACUACCAGAAGCUCCGCAAGGCUUUCGACACUCAAACGGAGAUUUGCCCCGUCCCGCUGAAAGGGUCGAGGUGGAUCUGGCAUGCUCUCCGUCAGGCAUUCGGAGGACCGCUGGUGCUGAGCAUUACUUUCCGCUUCAUGGCUGAUCUGCUGGGUUUUGCUGGUCCUCUCUGCAUCUCUGGGAUUGUUCAUCAUAUCAGCAGUGAUAACCACACCGCACUGCCCUCGGUCAAGUUUCUUGGAGUGCACUUUAUUUCCUCAGAAGCAUUCUUAGCCAACGCAUAUGUUCUAGUUGUGCUGCUUUUCUUGGCUCUACUGCUGCAAAGGACCUUUCUACAGGCAUCUUAUUAUGUUGCUAUAGAGACUGGAAUAAAGCUCAGAGCGGCCAUACAGACUAAGAUUUAUAAUAAGAUCAUGCGUCUGUGCACGUCAAACAUGUCUAUGGGUGACAUGACAACAGCUCAGAUCUGCAGCCUGGUGGCCCGUGACACAAACCACCUCAUGUGGUUCUUCUUUCUCUGUCCAAAUCUGUGGGCCAUGCCAAUUCAGAUUGUCAUUGGAGUUUUACUCCUGUAUUAUCUGCUGGGAGUAAGCGCUCUAAUUGGUGCGACUGUCAUCGUUGUUCUGGCUCCUCUGCAGUAUUUUGUGGCCACUCGACUCUCACGCGCACAGAAGAGUACUCUGGAGCACACCAGUGAAAGACUAAAGAAAACCAAUGAGCUGCUGAGGGGAAUCAAACUCUUGAAGCUAUACGCAUGGGAGCACAUCUUUAGAUCGAGUGUGGAGGAGACACGCACGAGAGAACUGACCAACCUCAGAACAUUCGCACUGUAUACCUCCAUCUCUAUUUUCAUGAAUGCUGCCGUUCCAAUUGCUGCUGUUCUCACAAUAUUUGUGGUUCAUGUGCACGUGCACAGUUCUACAGACUUCGAUCUGUCUCCCGCUGUGGCUUUCGGGACCCUUUCGCUCUUCCACAUCCUGGUUACGCCCCUCUUCCUGCUUUCCAGUGUCUUACACUCCACGGUCAAGGCUCUUGUUAGCGUGCAGAAGCUUAGUGAAUUUCUUGGCAGCCCAGAGAUUGAAAUCGAUCACGUUCCCAAAGCCCAAAGUCCAGUGAACAACAACGCCAAUAUAAAGUCUGUUUAUGCGUUACAGCUUCAGGCCAAUCUGGUGAAUCGUAAGAAUAAAGCCAAACAGGACGUUAACAGAAACUUUAGGCAAGAAGAGCAGGAACUGAGACAGACUUCCUCCCAAGAGGACGAAGUCUGUAUGAAGAUUGUAAACGGCUGCUUCGCAUGGACACAGGGAUGCCCGACUCUAAGCAAUAUUGACAUUAAAGUUCCCUUCGGUCAGCUGACCGUGAUUGUUGGGCAAGUAGGAAGUGGAAAAUCAUCCCUGUUGCUGGCGGCACUUGGAGAAAUGCAGAAGAUCUCUGGAAGCAUCACAUGGAACAGUUUGCCCAAGACUGAUUCAGAAGACAACGUGAGAGCACACACUAUGAAUGGACGACCCACGAAGAGAGGUUCCGUCGCCUACGUUUCCCAGAGGCCUUGGCUCUUAAAUGCCACAGUUGAGGAGAACAUCCUGUUUGACUCGGCUCCCAAUGAGAAGAGAUAUAAAGAAUUGAUCGAGGUCUGUCAGCUACAGCCAGAUAUUGAUACACUACCACAGGGUGACCAAACAGUGAUCGGAGAAAGGGUACGUCUGGAACCAUAUCACCUUAUGAAAUAAGGCAUCAUUCUCUCUGGAGGCCAGCGCCAGCGAAUCAGCAUAGCUCGAGCUCUGUAUCAGCACACAAAUGUAGUUUUCCUGGAUGACCCAUUUUCUGCUCUGGACAUUCAUCUCAGUGAUCACCUCAUGCAUGAAGGAAUUCUCAAGUUUCUUCGGCAAGAAAAGAGGACGGUUGUGCUGGUUACUCACAAACUGCAGUACUUACCUAACGCAGACUGGAUUAUAGCCAUGCGAGAUGGGACGGUGCAGACACAAGGGAGCUUAAAGGACAUCCAGGUUUCCGAGCCUGAACUGUUUGAACAGUGGAGAACGCUUAUGAACAGACAGAACAAAGAAAACAGCACAGAACUGAAGAGAAAGAGUUUCAGGAGGGCCAUGUACUCUACAGAUACUCUGGCCACGGAGGAUGAAGAUGAAGCUGCUGAUGUUACUGUUAGUGAAGUGAAAGAAGGAUCUACUACAACAGACGAGGAGAGCCUCAGUGCGGAGCUCCGUCUUAGGACCACUAUUCCCUGGAGCUCAUUUGCCACGUACCUGAGGGCUGCCGGUCUGCUAUUGCUUCUUCUGUUAGUUCUCUCUCAGCUGACCAAACACUCCCUCAUGGUCGCCAUAGAUUUCUGGCUGGCUCACUGGACUUCACAAGUCAUAGCAGCACAGAUCGAAAGUGUGGAUCGGAACUGUACUGUUACACAGGACUGUGAGUUCAGUCACUCCUCAUACCUUCAGGUGUUUUGUGUGUUGUGUGCUUUGGGUAUCGUCCUGUGUCUUAUCACGUCUCUGGCAGUGGAGCGGACGGGCCUGCGGGCGGCCAGAGAACUUCACUGCAGCCUCCUGCGCAUCAUCGUCCUUGCACCCAUGAGGUUAUUUGAGACGACUCCUCUGGGGAACAUUCUGAACAGGUUCUCAACAGACACCAACACAAUUGAUCAGCAUAUUCCAGUCACCAUGGAGUGUUUGAGUCGCUCCUCACUGCUGUGUUUGUCUGCAGUGGGUGUGAUCGCUUAUGUCACGCCUGAAUUUCUCAUUGCUCUGCUUCCAUUGGCUAUCGCCUGUUACUUCAUUCAGAAGUAUUUCAGGGUGGCAUCCAGAGAUCUGCAGCAGCUGGAGGACAGCACUGAAAUGCCUCUACUGUCUCAUUUCUCACAGACCGUAGAGGGACUUACCACCAUCAGAGCUUUUAGGCAUGAGCAGAGGUUCAAGAAGAAACUGCUUGAAUACACGGAUGCAAAUAAUAUUUCCUCCCUCUUCCUCAUGGCAGCCAAUCGCUGGCUGGAGGUUCGCAUGGAGUACAUUGGGGCAUUUGUUGUUCUCAUAGCCGCUGUGGCCUCAAUAAGCAAUGCAUUAUACAGACAGCUUUCAGCAGGACUGGUCGGGCUGGGGCUCACAUACGCGCUCAUGGUGUCAAACUACCUCAACUGGAUCGUGCGUAAUCUGGCAGACAUGGAGGUUCAGCUGGGCUGUGUGAAGAGAGUCAACAGUCUGUUACACACACAGCCAGAGAACUACGAUGGACUCAUGACUCCAGCUCAGAUUCCUGCAGGUUGGCCGAAAUACGGAGAGAUCCAGAUCAAGAAUCUGAGCGUGCGCUACGAUAGCACCUUAAAACCUGUUCUAAGACACGUCAAUGCUCACAUUAAACCAGGACAGAAGGUGGGAAUAUGCGGGAGGACGGGAAGUGGAAAGUCAUCCUUUUCUUUGGCACUCUUCAGAAUGCUGGACACGUUUGAGGGGCAAAUUAUCAUAGAUGGUAUUGAUAUCGCCAAGCUGCCUCUUCAAACUCUCCGAUCAAAGUUUUCCAUCAUUCUGCAGGAUCCGGUUUUGUUCAGUGGAACGAUUCGGUUUAAUCUGGAUCCUGAGAAAAAGGCCACAGAUCAAAUGCUUUGGGAAGCUCUUGAAAUUGCUCAGCUUUUGUCUGUUGUUAAAGCUUUACACGGUGGUUUAGAUGCCAUGGUCACAGAGGGAGGAGAGAAUUUCAGCCAGGGGCAGAGACAGCUGUUCUGUCUGGCCCGAGCUUUCGUGAGAAAGAGCAGCAUUCUCAUAAUGGAUGAAGCAACAGCAUCUAUUGAUAUGGCCACGGAAAGUAUUUUGCAGAAAGUGGUCAUGACGGCUUUUGCAGAUCGAACAGUGGUCACAAUAGCACAUCGUGUUCACACCAUCCUGGGCUCAGACGUGGUGAUCGUGAUGAAGCACGGUGGCAUUCUCGAAUAUGACGAGCCAGACGUCCUAUUGGAGCAGAAGGACAGCGUUUUCUCUGCAUUUGUCCGAGCAGACAAAUAGGAUACAUGUUUGGAUAGUGACAUUAGGUGUGGUUUAUACUGUAUGGCUUGUAUAAUAUUUGUAUAAUAAAUGUAAUGUAAAAUAAUAAUCAAAUUAUAUGAAAAUG